AUAACAAGUGAGAGUCCAUUGUCCAUACACCAUACCAUACUGCAUAUUCCAAUUCUUUGAGAGCCUCUUUUCUUUAGUUUAUGGUCUGGCUUUAAUUCUCCUAUGGCCAAUCAACUUGUCCCUUCUUCUUCCUUCAGCACUACUCCUUCAUGGGAAUACGAUGUCUUUUUGAGCUUUAGAGGUAAGGAUACACGCACCAAUUUUACAAAUCAUCUGUACCAUGCCUUGGUCCGUCUCGGAAUCCGCACCUUCCUUGAUGAUAGGGAACUUCCAACUGGAAAAGAUAUAUCACCAACUCUUCUCAAAGCAAUUGAAAACUCGAGAAUUUCUGUCAUCGUGUUCUCUGAAAACUAUGCAUCUUCAAGAUGGUGCUUGGACGAGCUCGUACAUAUCUUUGAAUGUAGAGAGUCAAAAGGACAAAUGACAAGGCCAAUCUUCUACAAGGUGGAUCCAUCGGAUGUCCGACACCAAAAAAAUAGUUAUGGUGUUGCGUUUGCUGUUCCUAGCCGCAAAAAUGAGAAUGACCCGGAGAAGGUGCAAAGAUGGAGCACAGCUCUUACAAAAGCAGCAAAUCUGAAAGGAGAUACUCUCAACGAGAAAGAGUGUGAAGCUACAUUUAUUAACCGCAUCGUUGCGGAGAUUUCAACCCAAGAAUUAAAUCGCACAUAUUUGCAUGUGGCUGAGUACCCAGUUGGAAUAGAGUCUUGUGCAAAAGAGGUGGAAGUGCUUUUAGAUGUCGGUGGAAAUGAUCGUCGUGUAGUUGGGAUUUGGGGGACAUCUGGAAUAGGCAAGACAGCAAUUGCAAAAGAUGUUUAUAAUGCAAUUGCUCAUAAGUUUGAAGGCAGUUGUUUUCUGGCAGAUGUUAGAGAAACAUUGACAAAGUGUGAAGGCGUAAUCCAACUACAGAAGACUCUUCUAUCUAAAAUUCUAGGUGGUGCGGAGUUGAACUUUGUCAAUGCUCAUGAAGGAACCAGUCUUAUUAAGAAUCGGUUGAGGCAAAAGAAGAUUCUCUUAAUUCUUGAUGACGUGGAUAAAUUGGAGCGGUUAAAAGACUGGGUCAAUGUCGAUUGUUUCGGUGAGGGUAGCAGAGUGAUCAUAACCACAAAAGAUAGAAAAUUGCUAAAAUUUUAUGGAGGUCAAUGGAUAUAUGAAGUCCAAAAGUUAGGAUACGACAAAGCACUUGAGCUUUUUAGUUGGAAUGCCUUCAAAAGAAAUAGACCUCCAAAUGAUUAUUUGAGCCUCGCACAACGUGCAAUAGUCCAUGCUCAAGGCCUUCCGUUGGCUCUUAAUCUUAUAGGUUCUCAUCUGCACAAUGAAAAUAUAGGUCGUUGGCAAGAUGUAUUGAACAGUUACGAUUUUUACAAUGGAGAACCUUAUACAGAUAUUCAAAUAACACUUCGAAAAACUUAUUAUGGCUGGGAUAAAAACUUGCAACAAGUUUUCCUAGACAUUGCAUGUUUCUUCAAGGGGGAAGAUAAAUACUACGUGUUACAAAUGUUAAGAAGUUUGACGCUCAAUGCACGUCAAGAUAUUAUUGAUGUACUCGUUGAGAAAGCCAUCAUAGCUAUUGAGCAUAAUCGGAUUUUGAUGCAUAACUUGCUAGAAAAAAUGGGUAAGCAUAUAGUUUACGAAGAAUCGCUCACUGAACCAGGCAAGCGGAGCAGGUUGUGGCAUCAUGAAGAUGUGUGUGAUGUUCUAAUUGAUUGCAGAGGAACAGAGACAAUUAGAGGCAUUGUUGUGAAUCUGCCUAAACCAGAGGUGAUAACCUUGAAAGCAAAAAGCUUCUUGAAGAUGAAAAAUCUUGAAUUUUUUAUAAACCGUAAUGCAAACUUUUCCGGACGCGUUGAUUAUUUGCCCAACAGUUUAAGGUGGUUUGACUUGGGUGGACGAUCCAUUGUUGAUAUUAAGCAUACGGUUGUGCUCAAUUUGUCGUCCAAUUUUCAUCCAAGAAAUAUUGUUUGUUUUAAUGCGCCACACAGUGGCAUAAGAAAAUUGAAGGGAUUUAAGAAUUUGGCAAAGCUUACACGGAUGAAUUUAAGUGGUUGCGAAUUUUUGGAAAAAAUGCAUGACUUAUCUGGAAGCCCAAACAUAACUGCGUUGGAUCUAAGUGGCUGCACAAGUUUGGUCGAGGUUGAUGAUUCGGUUGGAUUCCUCGAUAAACUUGAAAGUUUGCAUCUUUCUGGGUGCUCUAAGCUUACAAGGUUUGCAACAAGACUUGGAUUGAGAUCCCUUAUACGGCUUAAUCUUAGUGGUUGCACAAGGCUGGAGAGAUUUCCAGAAAUAGAGAAGAACAAGAUGAAAUCUUUGAAGUAUUUGUAUAUGGGACAAAGUGGCAUAAGAGAAUUGCCUUCAUCAAUUGCGUAUCUUACUGGGCUUGCGGAGUUGAAUGCAUUUGGUUGUGAGUUGCAAAAUGUCCCCGACUUAUCCGGAAGCCCAAACAUAAGGGAGUUGGAUCUAAGUUACUGCACAAGUUUGGUCGAGGUUGAUGAUUCGGUUGGAUUCCUCGAUAAACUUGAAAGUUUGCGUCUUUCUGGGUGCUCUAAGCUUACAAGGUUUCCAACAAGACUUGGAUCGAGGUCCCUAAAAUCACUUUCUCUCUCAGGUUGCAGAAGGCUCGAGAGUUUCCCAGAAAUAUCCAACUCCCUAAAAUGUUUGUAUAUAGGAGAAAGUGGCAUAAGAGAAUUGCCACCAAUUGCUUAUUUUAGUGGGCUUGAGACAUUGAACGCAAAUGGUUGUGAGUUGCAAAAUAUCCAACUCCUCCCUGAUGGAAAGAAGGUGAAGUUUGAUGAAGUUUCAUCCAGGCUGUCUCUUAAUCUUUCAGGAUGCAAGUUAUCAGAAAGUGAUUUCUUUGUGCCUCUUGAUUGCUGGUCCACAUUAAGAGAACUUAAUCUGUCGAGAAACAAUUUUGUUAGCCUUCCGGAUUGUAUUAGCGAAGCUGUCAACUUGAUGAAACUUUCCUUGAGGGAUUGCAAGACGCUUCGGGAAAUUCCAGUCCUUCCACCAAAACUAUGGGAGUUAGAUCUGGAUGGCUGCACAUCAUUGGAUAAAAUUCCAAAACUGCCCCCGACGCUUAAGGAGCUUAGCUUGCGUAACUGCUCUGGACUAAGUGGUGAUGAGGUGGCAAAGUUGGAAAACGAGUGGUUGAAUGAGGAAAUUGAUCUGUCAAGAAACAAUUUUGUUAGCCUUCCGGAUUGUAUUAGCCAAGCUGUCAACUUGUUGACUCUUGACUUGUCGGAUUGCAAGUGGCUUCGAGAAAUUCCAGCCCUUCCACCAAAACUAGAAUCGUUAUGUCUGGAUGGUUGCACGUCAUUGAAGAAAAUUCCACAACUGCACCCGACGCUUGAGGAGCUUAGAUUGUGUAACUGCUCUGGACUAAGUAGUGAUGAGGUGGCAAAGUUUGAAAACAACUUGUUGAAUGAGGAUAUAUUGGUGGCAAGGUUGGAAAACAAUAAGGAAGAAUAUCCGCCCUUGAGCAUUAUUUACCCAGGCAAUGAAGUUCCAAAAUGGUUCAGCUAUACCUCUAACCAUCCCACAACCAUUCAACCUCUACCAGAAUAUGUAGGGGAUGAAUGGCACAGGUGUAAAUACGACUUGGAACUAGAAUUUGUUGGAGGCAGUGAGUUUCGUUUUGAAAUUCCUCUAAAAUUACAAGAGGGGGAGACGUUAUUAGGAUUGGCUCUAUCUUAUGUUCUUGAACCAUUUACUUAUCAUCCUUUGUCUGAUGAUACGGAUAUUUCCAUCAACGGAGAAAUACAGUUGGACCAUUUGAUAUUUUAUCAUGGGGACUUAAAGGCAACUCAUGUGAGGCUUGCGUUAGUUGAUGGAAUUUGGUAUGAUGAGGACAAGGAUAUUUGUAAAGUUGAAUUUCGUUUUCGCAAUGGGUGUCCCAUUAAAAGCUGCGGCGUGCACUGCCUAUUGCGCAACCAAGACAGUGGAUCCUCAUAUUCGGAGGAUGAGGAGGAUGAGGAGCAAGAGCAAGAGCAACCGUCCGACUCAGAUAUUGAGGAGGAUGAGGAUCCAAUGCAGAGAGCCCAAUUUCAGCAGCAGCAACAGCAACAACAGCAACAACAACAGCAGCAGUUGAGACAACAGCAAUUUCAACAACCAAUGCAGCCAGUAUCUUCCAUUAAGCGUCCCUAUGAUGGUGGUGUAUGUGAUCAUAGGCUGAGGCAAUAUUUAGAUCAUCAGCGGCAACGGCCUGCUGUGAAUCAGUUGGUUCAAGUUGCUCAGAAAUGCCAAAGCACAAUAGCUGACAGUGGAUCUGAUGGGAUUUCUCAGCAGGAUCUACAAACAAACAGCAAUAUGGUACCGACAACUGGACGGCAGCUCGCAAAGAGUUUGGAGUUGCAGUCGUUGAAAGACUUAGGGCUGCAAAAGAUGCAGGAAAUGGAGCAGUUAGCAAGUGCUCAGGGUUUGCCCACUGACAGGAACACACUCAAUAAGCUAAUGGCAUUGCAUCCUGGACUGAAUAACCAAAUGAACAACCACCAUCAGAUGGUCGGUCCUGGAGCUUACCAGAAUCUGCUUUUGAGACACAACUCUAUGAAUUCAAAUGCAAACUCUCUUCAACAGGAGGCAUCUUCUUCCUUCAAUAAUUCCAACCGCAUCCCAUCAUCAACAUUCCAAGGUGCCGCCGCAUUAAUACCGGGAUCCAUGCACAACUUACCUGGUAGUGCCUUGUCAAGUGCCCAUCUACCCUCGCGACAGCCACAGCAGCUACAGCAGCGGUCACUUAGUUCCAAUAGCUUGCUACAACAAACUCAUUCAACUGGCUCCCAGGGUAACCAGGCCUUGCAGCAACAAAUGAUCCAGCAACUGCUACAGGAGAUGUCCAAUAACAGCGGGGGAGGACAACAAUCUCUUCCCUGCCCAAGUGCAAAUGGGAGUGUUGGGAGGAAUGGAGUGAGUUUUGGAGGCAACAAUCCAGCGGCAGCACCAUCCACCUCCAAUGUGCCUGGUAGUCACGGCCCUGCUCCAAGCGGGAAUAACAGCUUCAAAGCCCCUGCAAACAGCGACAAUUCCACAGGUGGUGAUGGUAACAACACAUACAACCUAAGAGCCCCGGAUUUACCCUCAAACCUUCACUUGCAAGAGGAUCUGGUACAAGAAAUUGCCCGUGAAUUCACAGAGAACGGUUUUUUUAACAGCAAUCCUGACGAUAACAUGUAUCCUCAGAUAUCGUCAGAUAUUGUCUUGAGACCAACGAGUAGUCUUGGGAAGAGGCCCCAUCCACGUGAAUCCUCAGAUAUCGUCGAUGAUGAAUAUGAUCAUCCAAAACGCAGGCAGAUUGAUAUUGAGGAGGAAGAGGAGCAAGAGCAACCGUCUGCUUGAGAUGAUCCGCAAUUUCAGAUUUCUUAGGAGUUUGGCUAUGUACAUAUUUGUUUGCACUUCACUCAUCUCUACAACUAAGAGCCUGUUUGAUGACCAUUUCAGUUUGCAAACCGAAAACUCGUUUGUUCUAUUGUCUUGUGUUUGCCUUUCUGUUUUCUUUUUAUAUAUUUAAACUACAUAUUAA